AUGCAGUCAGGAAUUACAGUCUCCGCGGAGCUGCAAGAUGCAUUCACCCGCUUCAACUCCGACUCCUCAACCUUCUGCCUGCCGGUGACCAUCACAGCAGAGACCCUAACACCACUGGCCCCAAUCUCCUUCCAGGGAACUCCCUCGCCAAAUGCCUUCUUUUCAGCCCUUCCCCAGCUGUCCUCCGUCCUUCAGCCUAAAACCCCCAUCUACCUCCUCCUCCGGCGCCCAUCGAGUGCCUCAACUGCACUCAUUGCUCUGACUUACAUCCCGUCCAAUGCGCCUGUGCGAGCAAAGACGCUCUUUGCCUCGACUCGCUCGACGCUGACCCGCGAACUGGGCACGGAGAAGUUCGCUUCUACCGUCUUUGCUACCGAGGAAGACGAGAUCCUGGGUCAGGAUGCGUGGCGCGAGCGUGAUGGCGAAGGCCCCAAUGCUAUCUCUCGUGAAGAUAUGAUGGGCGAGAAGGAGAGAGAGCUGGAGGCUGUUCGCAGGGCCGAGGCCGAGGCACGGAGUGGCACUCCCGGGAGGGACAUUGGUAUCGGCGGCACUUUUGGACCCAGCACUGGCUCUGGGAUGAGGGUUUCUGUAGCGAUUGAUGAAGACGUUAAGUCUGCGCUGAGAGGUCUGCAGGAUAGUGGUUUGGUACAACUUACAGUUGACCUCCGCUCGGAGAAGAUGAUCUUGGCCGACUCACAGUCUGGAGUCGAGCCGGAUGCUGUUGCUACACACAUUUCCUCCUCUUCACCGCGGUAUUCCUUCUACCAUUACCCUGGAACCGAUGUUGUGAUCUUCGCGUACACCUGUCCCGUUGGAUCAUCGAUCAGAGAUCGUAUGCUGCAUGCCAGUUCGCGGAGGAACGCCAUCGGAGUUGCUGAGCAGGAAGGACUGAAAAUCGAGAAAAAGAUUGAGGCCUCUAGCCCUGACGAAAUCACCGGCGAUCGGCUGCAAGAGGAAGUCACCCCGUCACGAGACCAGGGUUCUACGCGAGGCUUCGCCAGACCUCGUCGCCCCGGCCGGUAA